AUGCCCAAAGUAGUUUCACGCAGUAUAGCCUGUUCAGAUACAAAAGAUCAGGAAGAAUAUGGUGAUGAAAAACCCUUGCACAUAUAUUACUGCCUAUGCGGACAAAUGACAUUAAUUUUAGAUUGUUCUAUCGAAAAACUUCCUCUGAGAAAGAGGGAUGGAGCCAGAGUUUUAGACGGUACAAAUCAUGCACACAAAAUUACUUGUGAUACAGAUGAGACAGUGUAUAUUAAACGUCCUGAAGGUAUUGAAAAACAGUUUCGUCUAAAAUGUAAAAAGUGUGGAUUGCUUUUGUAUUAUAAACAUGAUGCACAAAGUCCUAUAAGUUUCAUUGUAAGAGGAUCGUUGAUAAAAAGUACUAAUGAAGGCCCUAUUAAUGAUAUAUAUAAUCAAGUAGCUGUAGAAAAACCAAAGAAAAUUAUGGUCACUAAACAUACAAAAAAUAUGGGCAAAUUUAGCUCGGUGACUGUAUCUACUAUAGAUGAAGAAGAGGAUGAAAUCGAAGCAAGGGAAGUUGCAGACAGUUAUGCAAAUAACGCUAGGAUAAUAGAGAAACAAUUAGAAAGGAAAGGUGUCAACAAAAGAAAACAAGAACAGAGUAAAUCACAAGAAAUGAAAAAAGUGCGAGGAACCCUUAUUGAUAAAUAAAAGUAACAUUUUCUUCUGUAUUUAAAAAAUAUAUUGUUUUGUUUUAUAAACAUUUU